AAUGGAGGUGGGUAUGCUUCUCUUUCCAGAUGGGUUGAGAAAGUUAUAUCACCAUAUGAUGAUAUUAACACAAUCUAUUCAGGAAGAAUAUCAGAUUUUACAGAAGCCACAAUGAAAACAAGAACGGGUAUGAUUUUGUAUGAUCCAGAAACAUGUGAAGUAAGAGAAAAAGGAAUUAAUCCACAAACACUUGGAGAAUGGUAUACAAAUCCAAAAAUUAUUAAAUAUGGUGAUGUUGAACAUAAAGUUACACAACCAUCAAUUAUGAAAUUCGAAAUAAAGAAAUUAAUGAAAAACCCAAGAAAACCAACAGAAAUAGUAGUUUAUACUGAUUCAUUUUGUUAUUCUGCCUGUUCAUCUGUUACAAAAGGAUUAAAAGAAUGGGGAGGAGCUAUUAUUGUUGGAUAUGAUGGUGAUCCUAAUGGUAAAGAUGAAGAAUUUGAAGUAGGAUUAUCACCAACCAAUGUUAUUGGUUUAAAUGACUUUGAGCCAAAUAAUAUAUUUAAACAAUAUGGAUAUAAAGUUGGAAUAAGUUUUAUGGAAUCUUAUAGAUAUAAAUAUAGUUAUGAUGAAAGUAUUCCUAGAGAAUUCUUAACUGAUAUGAUAGAUGAAAGAGUGAAUAUUUAUCAAUUUGAUCAAACAGAAAAAGUGAUUACAGAAUUUGAAGAAGAAACAAAGAAAAUAGUAGAGAAAUAUCAAACAAAAUGUAAUCCAAAGAAUAAAAGAUUAGUUAAAAGAGAUGAAAAAUGUGAUAAAGAAAUUAAUAUAGAACAUGGACAUGGAGGAUAUGAAUGUGGAGAUAAUGGAGAAUGGAGUACAAAAUGUGUACUAUCAUAUUGUGAUGAUGGAUACAAAUUUGAUUAUAUCAAUAAUAAAUGCAUUGAAGAUGUAUGUGUUAAUCCACCAACAGAUUCAGAAUCAGAUGAUGGAACACCAAGCAUGACAGUAAACCUAGUCAUGAUAAUAAUUGGAAUAAUCACAUUAAUUCUCUAA